ACGAGGCUCUCCGCUCUCCUCACCUCCAGUCUGUCCCACUCUCCUGUGCUCUUCUUUUGUUGUUUAUGGCCGCCUGUCUCCUCAUCUUAGCCCUAAAUCUUCUGCGUGAAACAGGACAAAGGAGAAGAGGAUUUUCUCCUCUGUCCCUCAUCUCCACUCUCAUCUUUCUCAUCGCUGCUCUGGGCCUGCAAGAAUAUCUUCUUCACUUCAUCUCCAUCUGCACCAUCAUUUUUUAAAGCCCCUGUCUUUGCCCUUUUGUUUCUUUGCUGUCCCUCGCUGUGGAACUAAAUCUUCAACCUGCCACCCCGAGAGUCCCUGCAGAUGUCCGCAGCCUGGCGCUGAAGCGGGCGCUUGCCAGCAGCCCAGAUGCAUUUGCGACUCGUUGCCAUUGUGAUGUCCUUGCUAUGUGAGGUGAUCAAAAUGGGGUCUGGCGUCAUGCAGAAGCAAAGUGCUCACAGAGAUACAUCAGAAGACUGUCGGAGCUGUCUGGAGUGUUCCCGUGACAACGGCUGCGUGCGUUGCCCCGAGCGACUCUUCCUGUUCCUGCAGAGGGAGGGGAUGUCUCACCAUGGAACCUGUCUCCACGCCUGCCCCGCUGGACACUACGGACAGAGAGGGAAGGACAUCAACCGCUGCAUGAAGUGCCGCUCUUUGGACUGUGAGCACUGCUUCAGCCGGGACUUCUGCACCAAGUGUAAGCCUGGCUUCCAGCUCUACAAAGGCAAGUGCCUGACCCGCUGCCCAGCAGGAACCUUCGCCCACCAGACAGACUGCCUCGAGAACUGUCUCCUGGCUCCUUUGGGAGAGUGGAGCGAGUGGAGCGUCUGUCUCCGUAACGGCGUCACCUGCGGCUACAGGUGGGGCAGGCAGACCAGGACCCGAGGCGGGGGGCAGUCCGAGAGAACGUCUGAAGAGAAAGCAGCAUCACUUUGCCCGUCCCACAGCGAGACACAGAGGUGCAGGAUGAAGAAAAAGUGUCCUGAAGAAAGAAGAAAGAAUAAAAAAGGAGGACUUGGAAGGAAGAGGGAAAGAAAACGACUACGGCUGCUGGCCAACGACAACGCUGGCAACUCGCUCAACGGAACCACAGACGGCGACGCCAGAGAGCACCAGGAUCCCUGA